AUAUAUCUCAGCCCCGUAGUAUCUUCUGCAAAAAAUGCUUGUCCUCUUGGUAUAUGGGAAGGAAGGAUGUGUUCAUACUUUAUAACAUGAAUAAUACGAAAAACAAAUGAAUUGUAAGUUCUCUAGGCUUGGUUAGGAUAAUGUAUUGCGUUUAUAAAAGUGCAAAUCAUUGGAUCUGAUCACCAAACCGGGAGUGCAAUUAUUUCAGUGCAUGUCCCUUUUCUUUUCCUGUCAGGAAUGUGAAAAUACAUGCAUAAUUAAAGAGUAGUAAAUAAUGAAUGCAAUUCAAUAAUGGCAUACAAUAAUAUUCACUUAAACCUUUCCUCUUCCCCACGAGGCGAUUGAUCUGCUCCCUGCUAAAUAUACGGUUAGAUAGCUCGACAAAUUCGUCAGGAACCGUAAAAGCCGUAAAUUCGCCAAGUUUUUUUGGCGCAUCACUGAAGGCGGAGCAGCCAUGGCAGACUCCAAAAUCAGCUUGAAGCUUCUUAUUGACACAAACCGUAACCAAGUCGUCUUCGCUGAAGCAGGAAAAGACUUCGUGGAUUUUCUGCUUCACCUCCUCUCCUUGCCUGUGGGUAGAGUUGUUAGGCUCAUCAAAAAAUCAGCCAUGACUGGCUGCAUAGCAAAUCUAUAUGAGAGUCUUGAAAGCCUGAAUGAAUCGUACCUGCAGCCUAACCCAAACAAGGAUUCUCUUCUGUGUCCCAUUAUAGUAACUAAAGUCACCAAUUCCAGCUUCCUGCUUCCUUACUCAAAUAAAAAACCUGAAAACCAGAAGUUAUACUAUUGCUCACAGCAUCCAGGGUACGUGUCAGAUGUUUUUAACUCUUUUUGUAGUCACUGCGCAUCACCAGGCUAUCCUCGUUAUAGAAAUCAAGAAGUGAAGUUUAUUGGUACGAGUGAUUCUACCACUUCCUCGGCUAAACCAAAUGGUGAGGGAGGUUACGUGAAGGCCUUGGUUACAUAUAUGGUAACGAAUGAUUUGUCCGUGUCUCCAAUGUCAAUGGUGUCUGGUGUUGGUCUGCUAAACAAGUUCAAUAUCAAGGAUUUUGGUGUACUUGAGGAGAAGGUUGUUGACUUUGGGAUUGAUGAGGGGAUUGAAUUGCUGAAGGCUUCUCUUUUGUCAAAGGAUGCUCUGACUGCUGUUUUUCUAAAGCAGAAGGUCAGAGAUGUUGCAUCAAGACGUAAAAGAGGUAGAAAAUAAUCUGUUCACGAGGUCUUAAUUUCCAAAGUGAGUGUGUCAAGGAGGAAGUUAGAUUUUACUAAUUCUGUCUCCCUGAAGUUUUUGAGAAUUCUGCUUUUGCUUUUGGACUGCCCUUAUCCUUCCUGUGCAAUAUAUAUGCUUUACAUUUUCAUUUAACUUUCGUUGUUGAGAAAUGAGAAUACGAUGGGAAUGAAAAUAUUCGCUCGGCUACAUUUUUCUUUGAGUAAGCAUAUUUUUAGUACAUUGAUCAAUCCAGCAGAUUGGAGAAGAAAAAACCAAUAAAAGGGAAGGGAGAGAUGGAGAGAAGAAAUUGAUUUUUUUAUUUUUUAUUUUCUUGGCAUUGGCGCUGGCGAUGAUGCUGCAAAGAAUUACCAUAUGAACGUUGAUGCCAUGACGGUGAAUAUGCUUAAUAGCAUACAGUUCUAUUUGCUUGCCGAGGAUAUGAUGAAACGCUGUCAUCCUUUUCUCUUUCAAGGCAAAAUAUGUCUUUGCAAGUUUUCCCCGACAAAACUUCGGAGUCCUGGAACCCGACCACAGAGAGACAGGUUGAGCGAUCGAGCUCGCCUGUGUCUAGGGCUUAAGAAAUCUAAGUUUUUCAAAUGAUUUAUUUGUCACAAGUUGGUAAUUAUCAUGCCUAGCUAGCAAUGGAGCAUAGCAAACAAACCCUUUCUUUCAAAGGCAGAUUCAAGAACUCCAUGAU